GUACUGUGAACGCAAGCACGCGCCUGGAUCGAAAUAAUUGACCUCAUAUCGGUCCGCUCCUAUUGUUACCGGAUCAUAUCUCUUCAAUCUUCACUUCUUCCCAAAAGGAUGUAGGAACAAAGUUCAGCCUCGCGAACCUCCAAAAAUUUCCCGACUUCGACAUGACGAAGCUCCGCGAACACCACCAACCACACAACAACCAAAUGAUCCCACGAUGACAACCAAAAUGAAAUCGCGCUGGGCAGACGACGAAGACGACGCCGCUGCCGACGCAGCGCGCAAGCGCGAGAAGGAAGAGAAGAAGCGGGCGAAAGCUGAGAAGCAGCGGAAAGCCGACGCGCUGCUACUCCAGCAGCAACAAGUUUCGACCGCUGUCGCAGACGCACAAGCGGAGCAGAAUCAGACGGAGCUUUCGAAUCGGCCGAGCAAGCGGAGGAAGUUGUCUCCCGAGCGUGAGGAGGAGGGGAAGGAUGCUGUUGGGGGAGAGGUUAAGCUCCUCAGGUUCCCAGUAGGACAAUGGAAGAAAUGUCGCAGUGUAGAGGAGUACGAGAAGUUGAAUGAUAUUGAAGAGGGUGCCUACGGCUGGGUUUCUCGCGCGCGGGAUAGCACCACAGGACAAGUCGUUGCGCUGAAGAGGCUUAAGAUGGAUAAUGCGAAUGAUGGGAUACCUGUUACCGGAUUACGGGAGAUACAGACACUUAUGGAUUGUGAACACCCGAAUAUUGUGGCGUUGAGAGAGGUGGUUGUGGGUGAGGAUACGAGAAAGAUUGAGAACAUCUUCCUCGUCCUCGACUUCCUCGAACACGACCUCAAAACGCUUCUCGAAGAAAUGCCCGAACCCUUCCUAACCUCCGAAAUAAAAACUCUCCUCCUGCAACUCGUCUCGGGCGUGCUCUACCUCCACAACACCUGGAUCCUGCACCGGGACCUGAAAACCUCGAAUCUACUUCUGAACAACCGCGGCGUCCUGAAAAUCGCAGAUUUCGGCAUGGCGCGGUACUUCGGCGACCCCCCGCCGAAGAUGACACAACUGGUCGUCACGCUCUGGUAUCGAGCUCCUGAGUUGCUGCUAGGAACAGAGAGAUAUGGCAUGGCGGUCGACAUGUGGAGUGUGGGGUGCAUAUUCGGGGAACUGUUGACGAAAGAACCGCUUCUUCAGGGGAAAAAUGAGGUCGAUGAAUUAUCCAAGAUCUUUGAACUUUGCGGGAUACCCACCGAAGACUCCUGGCCUAGUUUUCGACGCUUACCCAACGCUCGUUCUUUGCGUUUACCAAAGAAUCCCGUCUCUCAAGGCUCAGGCCUCCGCGCCAAGUUUCCUUUCCUAACAUCCUCUGGGAGCGAAUUAUUGAUAAGUCUUUUAAGUCUGAACCCAGCAAAAAGACCUAGUGCGAAAGAGGUAUUGGAUCAUGGUUUCUUUAAAGAAGAUCCGAAACCGAAGAGUAGAGAGAUGUUCCCUACAUUUCCGAGCAAGGCGGGUCAAGAGAGGAGGAGGAGGAGGGGCACGCCGAAUGCGCCUGUGAGGGGGAAGGUGGGAGAUAUUGGAGCCGUGGAUUUCAGUGGGAUUUUUGCGGGAAGAGAGGAGGAGGAAAGGGGUGGGGGUUUUAGUUUGAAGCUCAUAUAGAGGGGUUGUAGGAGAGCACAUAGAAGGAUGUUUGCGUGUGGCUGCAAUCUGGGAAAGAGAGCCGCAGACUUCACCUGCAUGCCUAGUCAGAUCUUGCUAUUGCAAAUAGCCAGCUAGCUCUCCGCUGAACAAUUACGAUACCCGUCUCAAGACGUUACUUUUCGCACAUGUUCAAAGAAAGCUCUGGUUCCAAUAGCAGAGGGCUGCUCUUUGCUUCAUGAACGAACUACAGUACCAAGACUGUAAAUUCUACAUCUUUCUUUCUGGCCUUUUCAAUUUCUUUGCACCAAUGCCACAUCUGGAGCUGUAUGAGUAGUGUAUCUGAUACCAACAGUCUGUGACAGCAACUAUCGUUCCUAACAAAGCACGGAUUGAAACUUGCAAGG